AUGUCUGUAUUUCAAUUUGUUCUGCUGUAUUCUUGGCACAUUCAUUUUUAUGCUAUUGCUGUCGCAGGAACUAAUGGCUUUGCUGCAGGUAUAUCUUUCUCCAGUACAGAGAAGUCAUUAGCUGAAGCAUUGUCAAAAUUUGGUCAAAUUGUUGAAUCUAAAGUAAUAAGGGAUAAAGCCAGCAAUAGAUCUAAAGGUUACGGGUAUGUGACCUUUGCUACAGAAGAUGAAGCCAAAAAGGCCUUGAUGAAGAUGAAUGGGAAGCUGGUAGAUGGACGUCCUGUUGUUGUUGAUAAUGCUUGACCAAAGAGAAGCAGAGGACCACUGAGGCAAUAGCUGAUAUUUAGGUUCUUCCCCUUUCCCUGUUUUUUUUUAUAUCAAACAUCUUGUGAUGCAAAGAAGAUUGUUGCAUCAGAUUCAGUUUUGAUCAACAAAAUAUACAUUCUCCUUUCUAUUGGGAUUCAUAAUAAAGGCAGCGAAAUGCUCGAACUGCUGGGUAGCGAAAAUCCACGCACUGAUCUCUUUCCCUUGCGCUGAUCCUGCUUAAUGUUUCCCUCUGUUUGGCCACUCUAGCUGAAGGGAGAGGGAGAAUCGGAACAUGAAUAAGUUGUAGAACAAUAGCAUUUUUUUGCCAACAUAAAACUUUUUCUUUCAUUGUUACCCAGUCAGUUUUUCAAUUGAGUUUGUUCAUCAUAAAAAUCAUUAUGCCCAGCUUUGUAUAUAUAUUUUAUAGUAUCAUCAAGGACGAUUUUUUUCCAA